UCGGCCGGAGGAGGAGGAGGAGGAGGGUUGUUGGCGCUGCUGGCGCUGCUGGAGAAAGCGGGGUGCGCUGCGGCCUCGGGGGCCCGCCGGAGCCGCGAGAGGGCUACGCGCGCCUGCUGGGACAAGUGCCUUCUUCGACCUCCGGAAGCUCCCGCGCUGCUCUUUGCUCCUGCGUGGCCGUGCUCGGGCCGCGCCUAGUUUGGCCUCCGCGCGAAAGCCGCCAUUUUAAACGCGCGCCUCCCCGCUCCGCGGCUCUUCUUGGCGCCCUUGGCUCGCGGCCCUCUUGGGCGCUGGGCCUGGCGGCCGCUCCCCUUCCCACCUCUCGGCCUUCACCCGACCCUUCCCCCGCCCCCUGCCGAGCUUCUGAUCGAGGCGUCGCUGCCGCGUUCCUGGCCUGCUUCAUUCUCGCACGUGGCGGCCUGCCCUUGUAGCUUGGUCUUGGCCUUUGUGGCUCCUGCAAAUAAGGAAGGGGUGGGGGGCCUACAUAACAGCAACAAAAGCAUUUUAAAUGAUUAACUGUUUUAAAUUGUUGCCCUGAUUUUCAGGGCUUUUAGCUGCUUUAUUGGUUUUAUUGUGUUUUAAUAGUUUGAUUUUAAUUGUUAGUUUGUUAACUGUUUUUAUCUUGCUGUGAACUGCCCUGGGCCAUUUUGGAAGGGUGGAAUAUAAAUAUAAUAAAUAAGUAAAAGAAGUUGGUGGGGAGUUAAGCCUGCCUCCCCAUUAAGGAUCUGGGUUAACUAUAAUUUUAAAAAGAGGUGGUGAAGUAAAUAAGGGGCUCUCUGCUGCAGUGCAAGGUAAGGCACAAGCAGCCCCUUAGCAUGCCUCCGAAAAAGCCCCGAGGCAAAGGGCCUGCUCCAAAGCGAGCACCCUGCAAGUGCCCAGCCCCUGUUUUGUUGUCAUCCUCUGAGGAUGAGGGUGACAUGGCUCUGGCAGUGGCCUUGUCACGGAGCAAGGUCCUGCAAAAAAGGGGCUCUUCCAGUUUGGAAGAUGGGGUGGGGCCUAGCCGUCGCAGGCGGGGAACCCAAGCUAAAUCUAAGGAUGUUUUAUUGCAGGAGUUGCAGCUGCGACUUGAUGCCUUGGAAGCUGCCAUUAAGCACACUGUAUCUGCCCCAUCUGAAACAGUUCCAGAAGCUGAGAUUAAGCAGGAGCCUGAAGCGAUUCCAGCUCCUGAGAUUAAGCAGGAGCCUGGUGUAGCCAGAGGCCGUCCUUUGGGCAAGUAUGGGUCUCCACCUUACAACCCUGCAAGGGGGACACAGCCUGCUAGUCUUAAAAGUCAGCCCUUGCACCCAACAGCACAAGUGAGUGCCUGUGGCCCCAAGGUUCAGCUUCCACCACCUAGUGCACCUGGGGGUGUGCACCUCCCAGCACCAUUUGUCCUGGGUGGGUAUGCCAUGCCCCCAGUGACCCAAGCAGGCAUGCCUGGUUAUGGGCAGGGCUCUAGCUCAGCCAGUCCUUAUGCUGCGCAGCAAGGGCAGGCAGGCCCAUGCUGGCAGGGAGCUCUGCCACAGUGGGGCCCUAGGUGCUGCCUGCAUGCUACCCUGUGGGGGCCUGUCCAAGGUGGGGUCCCUGACCCUAGGUGCUACCCCUACAGUGAUGCUCCCCAGACUCAGGGAGCUCAUUUGCACCCCACCACUAAGGAAAAAAUAUGGAACAAUGAGUAUGUUGACAUCUUCUCUCUUCUUUUCAGUGAGUCAAAGACCGUAACUGUGGACCGUAACUGGUCCAACUGGCUGUCCGGCUAUCUCGUAUUCGUAGAUGUGGUUCUCCAGCGGCAGCCCUGGCGUGCUUACUCCCUCAUUAACCUCAUGUAUGCUGACAGCAGCUCUCCAAGAACAUAAAGUGCUUCCAGCUACAGUGUAACCUUCCCAAAAAAGAUCCUGUUGUGGAAGCAGCUGGAAAGGAAAUGGAAAAGGUGUAGGUGUGCUCUGCAGGAAGUUCAAAGUGGUAAGGUUCACUCUCCUCAGUUCUCCCCAGCACUGAAUAAGCCAAAGCCCCACCUAUUUAAGAAUAGUAGCACUACAAACAGUCUAUACAUGCAGGUACUGGAUUCUUCCAGAUCAUUAAAUCUGGGAUCUGCAAAGCUCCCAUGCAAGCUCCAAAUACAGUCCACACACACAAUAGGCUUCCAUGCUCCUUGCUAGUACAAUCUUUUCUGGCCACAUGCUAAACAAGGGCCUUGAGUGAUUUUUCAUAGCACUAUCUGCUGGCCCCAUUAAUGUGAUGUGUAUAACAUGUACCAGGUUUAGCAUGGAUGGGAGAUUAUGUAAUGUGGAAAGGAAAGAUCAUGCCAUCAAGUCAGUGUUGACUUCUGGUGACCACAGAGCCUUGUGGUUUUCUUGGUAGAAUACAGGAGGGGUUUACCAUUGCCUCCUCCCUCGUAGUAUGAGAUGAUGGCUUUCAGCACCUUCCUAUAUUGCUGCUGCUUGAUAGGUAUUUCCCAUAGUCUGGGAAAUAUACCAGUGGGGAUUCAAACUGACAGCCUCUGGCUCCCUAGGCAAGUUGCUUCCCCACUUCCCCAUUGGUGGCUAUAAGCAAUGGAUGGUGGGUGGGCCACUGUGAAACAGGAUGCUGGACUAGAUGGGCCUUGGGCCUGAUCCAGCAGGGCUGUGUUUAUGUUCUUAAUGUGAACCCCCUGUAAAAAGUGAGCGAACAAGGUGUGAUAAAACUCCCAUUGUCUGCCUUGGCAGUGGAUUGGGAAAAGGGGGGUAGCACUUUCUUCUGAAGGGGAGUUGCUUCUGGACCCAUCUUUGCUCCUGAAGGCCCAGCUGGUAACUGUGGCCAAGAACCAUUGUACAAUUUCUGUCUGAUAACAGAGUGGCCAUUUAGUGGCCCUUAUUAAUGUAUUGUAUACAGUAUUGAGAACAUUUUUAUACCAUUUAAUAGUUAUGAAACAGUUAAUCUGUAUUAAGUGAAUCUGAGCAUAUACCCUAGUUUAAGAACAUAAGUGCUUUGGAAGAUCAAACCAAUAUUCAUCCACAGCCCACAGCCCUAUCCUUCAAAAUCUGCUUGUAAUGGGACUCAGUGUACCCAUUUAGUGUGCAUAGAAUUAUAGCUCUAGUGCAGCAUUUAUUGCAAGAAUCCGAGCAACCAGCAAGAUUAGAUGAUCCACUGGAAACUGGCCAGUCACAGUCUGCCUUCUGCCCACUUUUGCUCUUCAGCCGAGUACUCAUAAAUGUUAUUUGUGUCACUGGCAUCCCUUCAGGCAGGGAGAUGAUCUAGAUCAGUGUUUCUCAAUGUUUCUGGAGUCAUGGACUGGUACAUUAUUCAUACACAGUUUUCUGGACAAGCAGUUAGUCCUGGACCCCCUCACCCCCAACUCCACCCACCUCCCAAAAAGCAAUUUUGGGCAGUUCUCCGGAGCUCAUUUCCAGACGGCCCUCUCCUGGAUAAUGUUCAUUUCAAGGAAGUAAAAUGAAUAUUAUCCAGCAGCUGCCUAGAAAUGAGCUCCAGAGAGUUCCUGGUGGCCCCCGCCAGCCCAAAACUCUUUUUUGGGGGGUGAUUUUAUGAGUGAUGCCUUCAUGGCAGAGGAUAUUGAGCAUAUACCUGUUCCUGAACCAGGCUUUUUAGGGAUGGAGGCUAAAGAACUGAGUCAGAUAGAAGUGACAAGAGAUGACGUUCUAAACUGUCUGGGAAAAUGGAAAACUAACAAAUCGCCAGGGCCGGAUGGCAUCCAUCCAGGGGUCCUCAAAGAACUCAAAUGUCAAAUUGCCGACCUCCUUGAUAAAAUAUAUAACUUAUCCCUGCAAUUGGGCUCUGUACCUGAGGACUGGAGAGUAGCAAAUGUAACACCGAUUUUCAAAAAGGGAUCCAGGGGCGAUCCGGGAAUUACAGGCCGGUUAGCCUAAUGUCCGUUCCAGGCAAAUUGAUGGAAAGCAUCCUCAAGGAUAAAAUUGUAAAGCACAUAGAAGAACAGGCCCUGCUGGGAGUGAACCAGCAUGGCUUCCGCAAAGGUAAAUCUUGCCUCACCAACCUUUUGGACUUCUUUGAGAGUGUCAACAAGUAUGCAGAUCAAGGUGAUCCAGUUGACAUAGUAUACCUGGACUUCCAAAAAGCUUUUGACAAAGUCCCGCAUCAAAGACUCCUGAGGAAACUUAGCUGUCAUGGGAUAAGGGGACAAGUACAUGUGUGGAUUGCUAACUGGUUGAAAGGAAACGGAGGGUAGGUAUAAAUGGAGAGUUUUCACAAUGGAGGGAAGUAAGAAGUGGAGUCCUCCAGGGAUCUGUACUGGGACCGGUGCUUUUUAAUUUAUUCAUAAAUGAUCUAGAAGCAGGGGUAAGCAUCAAGGUGGCCAGAUUUGCAGAUUACACCAAACUUUUUCAGGUAGUGAAAUCCAAAACUAUUUGUGAGGAGCUCCAAAGGGAUCUCUCCAAACUGGAGGAGUGAGCAACAAAGUGGCAAAUGCAGUUCAGUGUUGGCAAGUGUAAAGUGAUGCACAUUGGGACGAAAAACCCCAACUUCAAGUAUAUGCUGAUGGGAUCUGACCUGUUGGUGACUGACCAGGAGAGGGAUUGUGGGGUCGUGGUGGACAGCUCGUUGAAAGUGUUGACUCAAUGUGCGGCAGCUGUGAAAAAGGCCAAUUCCAUGCUAGGGAUCUUUAGGAAGGGGAUUGAAAAUAAAACGGCUAAUAUUAUAAUGCCCUUAUACAAAAUCAUGGUGCUGCCACACCUGGAGUACUGCAUACAAUUCUGGUCACUACAUCUAAAAAAAGACAUUGUAGAACUGGAAAAGGUGCAGAAGAGGGCAACCAAGGUUAUCGGGCCUAGAGCACCUUUCUUACGAGGCAAGACUACAACACCUGGGGCUUUUUAGUUCAGAAAAAAGAUGACAUGAUAGAGGUCGAUAAAAUCAUGUAUGGUGUGGAGAAAGUGGAUAGAGAGCAAUUCUUCUCCCUCUCCCAUAGCACUAGAACAGGGCUGCACAACUCAAAUGCCCUGAUGGGCCGGAACCAUCCACAACUUGGUGUGCAGGGGCCAAGCUCACAUUUGAACCCCAUGCUAACUUGGCAAAGAGGCACCUUCUAACGUGGUGAUUCUCUUUAUUUAGCAGGGGGAGAAUUACUGGCCCUAUCCACCCCCAGCACAGUACUUCCAGUGACUGUUGCUGGUGUGUAUCUUAUGUUUCUUUUAGAUUGUGAGCCCUUUGGGGACAGGGAUCCAUCCAUCUUAUUUAUUUAUUAUUUAUCUGUGUAAACCACCCUGAGCCAUUUUUGGAAGGGUGGUAUAGAAAUUGAAUUAAUAAUAAUAAUAAUAAUAAUUAUUAUUAUUUAAUUAAUUUGUAGCACAUUAAGACAUUAAAAUUAAAUAUUAUUAGUUACUUGUGGCUCUGUUUCCCCUGUCAAUAGACCCAUAGUUUUAACCAAGGAUAGUGGCCAGAGACUGGGUCCUGUCCCUGCUCAAUCAGUGGGGCCCCUGGAGUGCAUGCCAACCCCAAACAAAUGCCAAGUCCUCUCCUCUUCCUAAAUUGUUGAUGCUUUCAGGCUGCAAUGCUAGGCAUGCUUACAUGGGAGUAAGCCUCACUGGGUACACCAUGGAGUAUAUGACUGAGAAAGCAUGCACGGGAUGGUGCUAUAAGGCAGUUACCAGCUCCUGUCUUGCUGCAGGAUACCUGAGGGCCAGUAAAAUAGUCCCUGCGGGCCGAAUCCGGCCCCCGGGUCUUAUGUUGUGCAGGCCUGGACUAGAACCAGGGGUCAUCCCAUGAAAUUGAUUGCCAGGAAAUCUAGGAGCAACAAACGGAAGUACUUUUUCACACAACACGUAAUCCACUUGUGGAAUUCUCUGCCACAAGAUGUGGUGAUGGCCAACAACCUGGAUGGCUUUAAGAGGGGUUUGGAUAACUUCAUGGAGGAGAGGUCUAUCAAUGGCUAUUAGUCGGAGGGCUAUAGGCCACCUCCAGCCUCAAAGGCAGGAUGCCUCUGAGUACCAGUUGCAGGGGAGUAACAACAGGAGAGAGGGCAUGCCCUCAACUCCUGCCUGUGGCUUCCGAUGGCACCUGGUGGGCCACUGUGCAAAACAGGAUGCAGGACUAGAUGGGCCUUGGGCUUGAUCCAGUAGGGCUGUUCUUAUGUUCUUAAGUACCCAAUGCCUCACGGACCGGCACCAGUCCAUGGACUGGUGGUUGAGAAACACUGACCUAGAUGAGGAUUCAGUUAAGGUCCACAUUCAUAAUUGUAUCACUAAAUGACAUCAAAAUUCAAAUGCUCUUUGUCCCCAGUAUAAUCCAAAGAAACAUCCCAUCUAGCUCACAAGAGAAAUGCAGAUGCACCUUCUCUAUUGCCAGCAUCCAUUACUCAAAAGUCCACUGCCUCUGAAUACAGAAUAUUAGUUUUUGACCUAUCAUGCCUGCUAGGGAAAAUGAGUAAAUCUGGAUGUCUGAAUAAAUUUGCUUGAAAGUAGUCAGCAUUAAAUUUAAAAACACACACCAAAUAAGGAACACUUUAGAGAAAUGGUAGUUAAUGCUGUUCAUAUCAGUUUGAGAAGGGAAAGAGACUCAAUUAGGCAGUGGAGAUUAUUGCCUCAGUGACUGUAAGCCUCAGCUUAUGGUCAGGUUUGUUUCAGCCCAGCCACCAACUCUUGUGUGCUUAACGCACCCAUCAGCCUGCACAAAUAGCAAGCUAUAACUGCUUCUGAGACUUGGCCCACAAUAGCAGGAAGGCAGAAAGAUCCUGAGGUGAUGAAGUGUAUUUCAGGUUGCAAUGCAUAUCCAGGAUGUCACUUUCUAACUUUUUCUAAGAUUUAAAAUUAUGCAAGUAAGAAAAUUAAUGCAAAUAGUUCUGCAAGUAAGAAAACUGAAUUAUGUGGGAGGACACCAGAGGGCCCUUUGAACUGAGCUUGGUAACGAAUCCAGAGUCAAUGGAACUGGAACAACAGAGAAAUGACAUGGUCCCUGUAUUGAGUCCCGCGUCUGGCCGCAGAGAUCUGCACCAGCUAGUUUCCGAAGAGGCUACAGAAGCAGCCCCUCGCAUCAGAUCACAGUAGUCGUGCUUAGAUGUGACAGAGACUUUUAAACACCUUGCCCCUACCGCACAACCAGUUUAGCCUCCACUCCAUCCUCGAGCAUUUCCUCAGCACAGAAUUUUGGGAGCAAAAAGAAAAAGGUGGAAAGGAAAACGAGACAGACCAAAGAAAUAAUCAGAGGGGAAGCACCAGAACGAACCGAGGUGCUUUGCAAAGGAUGGUUCUUAAAUACUUUUCAUAGAAGAUUAUGAAGACUUCAAACAGUAUUCAUCUGUAUUUUCUAAUACUUUUAAAGAAGCAGCCUAACUCCUUAAUAAACCUCCCUUAGUUUUCACGGCACAUUUCCCCCCGCACUGCACCAAACGUGUCCAGCUGCCCGCUAGAGUGGAAAAUCAUUGGUGCCAGCAGCAGGCCCAUAGGCUUGCCAGCUCUUAACAGAAGGGGCUCUCUCGGAGAUGUCUCUCCCCACUGCUGCCCCCAUGAAGGCAUUAACAUCUCCAGGACUGCCUUCAACAGGCAUCUGGAGAGAUGCCGAUUCCUGGCGAUUCCAAUUUAGCGCUGGGGAGAGCUGGCAGGCAAUUGUACUCCCCCAAGGAAGAAAAGCACCUUGAC